AUGACGUCGAUCGAUCCGAAUAUCGCCAUGUUCAAGCGCUCCUUUUCUUCGAAAAGCCGGGCGGGCAAGACCGUCAAGGCGAGUAAGAAGAGAUACGACGACCAGGCGAAAGAGAAGAUGCAGCAGAGCGCUGAUAAUGUGGACAACCCGUUGACGGGAAGUGCACUUACCAGUCCCAUCACCACAAUGGUCGUGGGUCAGGACCAGCGCCUGUUCGCAGCCCAUGAAGAUGUCUUGUCCAUCUCACCCCACUUUCGCGCCGCUCUGAAGGAGAUGUCUCUGGAAGGCGGCGCCAAGCAGCUAGCUUUGCCCGACGAAGAGCCUGAGAUAUUGUCGUGUAUCCUGGAGUUCCUGUACAAGGGGGACUAUUACCCACGCCUGCUCCGUGGCAGACGUCGGGACUCUUGGUACCUCGAGGGCUCCCAGGAUGACCACAAAGCCGGUGGCUAUGAAUCGAGCGAGCCGACAAUCUUCCACUCUGGCGUGGGGGCUGUCGUGCUUCGGGACACGGUGGUGUACUGUGCAGCCGAGAAGUACGGCCUGGAAGAUCUGAAGCGCAUUGCUUUACGCAAGCAAGGCCUUCAGGUCGGAAUUGCCGCGGAUGUGAUCUUGCGAUCUGCUCGGUAUGCGUAUGACAACACGCCGGACUCCGACUCUCGCCUGCGCGCUCAUUACCUGGCUCUCAUUAUCCGCAGUCGCAAGACCUUCAAGAGAAGUGGAACCAUGCAGAUGGAGAUGGAGAAUGGUGGCAAGUUAUUCUUUGAUCUGUUUGUGGCAAUGUGCAAUCACAUGGAUGACCUUGCGGAGAUCCGGUAG